ACGCAGCCCGGAUUGGCACGAUGGCGUCAAUGACGAUCCUAUUAAUGCUUCCUGCGAGUGACGUCAUCACCGAGAAACGCUGCCGGAUUGGCACGUGGAGACUGCCAUGAGGGCUCGUAGCGAGCCGGGUCUGCGGCUUUGCCAAUCCACUGCUGGAUGAAUCUUUGUGGGCUCACCUCGCCACGUGGAGGCCGGUGCGAGGUGAACCGUGAAGAACCGUCACGAGCCGUGAAUUUCUACUGCUGAGAUAUGGCCACAACGGAAACGAACACCAUGGAGAGGGUCUACAUGGACUACAACGCCACCACACCAUUGGCCCCGGAGGUGGUGGAGGACAUCAGCCGGGCCCUCACGGAGGCCUGGGGCAACCCGAGUAGCUCCUACGGGCCAGGUCAGAAGGCAAAGGCACUUAUUUGCCGGGCUAGAGGGAACAUUGCCUCCAUGCUGGGAGGGUGCCCAGAAGACAUCAUCUUCACGUCCGGGGGAACCGAGGCAAACAACUUGGUGCUGCACACGGCUGUGAAGCACUUCUGGAAGACGCGGAGCGCCGGCGGGCGAGAGGACGGGGUGCCAGCCGCGGGGAGCCGAGGGGCGGCGCUGCCGCACAUCAUCGUGUCCUGCCUGGAGCAUGACUCGGUGCGCCUGGCGGUGGACAGCCUGGUGGCGGAGGGCCGGGCAGACUUUACGGCAGUGCCAGCCUCGUGGGUGACGGGGCGCGUGGAGGUGGACCAGGUCCUGGCUGCCAUCCGCCCGACCACCUGCAUCGUGUCGAUCAUGCUGGCCAACAAUGAGACCGGCAUCAUCAUGCCGGUCGCGGAGAUCUGCCGGCGCGUGCGCGCAAUGCGAGGAGGGGGCGCGAUGCCGCGUCUGGGCCGCGUGCUGCUGCACACGGACGCCGCCCAGGCUCUCGGCAAAAUCAGGGUCAACGUCGAAGAGCUCGGGGUGGACUACCUCACCGUCGUGGGGCACAAGUUCUACGGGCCGCGCGUGGGAGCGCUGUGCGUGCGGGGCCUCGGCGCCGGCACACCGCUCGUCCCCAUGCUCUUCGGGGGCGGCCAGGAGCGCAACUUUCGUCCGGGGACUGAAAAUACCCCCAUGAUUGCUGGCCUGGGCAAGGCCGCGGAGUUGGUGUGUCAGCACCUGGACGAGUACGAGAGGCACAUGCGGCAGACGCGAGACUACCUGGAGGAACUACUACUGGCGGAAUUUGGGCCCGAGCGCCUGCACUUUAACGGCCACUUCUCGGGCUCCGACCGAUUGCCCAACACCUGCAACGUGUCCAUCCUGGGCCCCUGCCUGCAGGGCCACAGGGUGCUGGCGGAAGCUCACGGCCUGCUGGCGAGCGUCGGGGCCGCCUGCCACUCUGGCAACACCCACCGGCCGUCGCACGUGCUGCUGCAAUGUGGCGUACCGGAGGAGGUGGCUCUCAACGCCGUGCGCCUGAGCGUGGGCCGCGAGACGAGCCGUCGCGACGUGGAGCGCGCCGUCUCCAGCCUGCGCGCUGCGGUCACCACGCUCACGGCACGGGGCCCCGCCGGGACUGUUCCUCGCGUCGCGACUCCCCCGGCGGAAGACUCCGCGCCCACAGAGCAAGAGUCCGUGUCAGACAAUGAUGUGAACUCCACUCCAAUAAAUAUAAUUUCUAAUUCCGGAGACGCUUAGAGAAAUAAUCGAGCGAGAUGGCUGGGCGGCUGACGCGCGCAUUGGCGCGCCCAUUUCACGUCGCUGAGAUGUUCGGUUCAAAUCCAGGGAGCAAGCAGCCAGGCCCAAUUAAAUCAGGUUCUCGUAUAUCGAGAGUUGAUUGCAACUUGUUCACCAACAACUACACAAAAUACGACUUAUUUUUUAUUGCACUUGUUUACCCAUGGAAGCCUCAGUCUCGACUCUUUUUCAGAUUUAUCAGUAGGGGGCGAUGUUGCCACGGGAAUUGUAGUAAAGUAAUUUGCCAGUAAUUUUUCAAUACCAGAAGUGUUUUUUUUUAGCUGUGGGAGGAAACUGCAGAACCCGGAGAAACCCCAUGUAGAACAGUGGGAGAACAUACAGACUCCACACACAAUUCGAACCCCCCAGGCCUUUCUUGCAAUGGCCCACAAACGUUACCACUGUGCUGCCGCCGCCAUCCUUCCGUCCUCUAAACAUGAGCUUUCACUUAAUUGGCCGGGCCCAGCUCUGAGUGUUGAUUCAACUUACUCGGGCGACUGCCGUCUGGUGACUCAUUGCUGACGAGGUUUGUGGUGCUUUGCGAGAGAGGCCUCUGCUGGAAUUACUGUGGACAUGAUCUGGUUUAGAUUGAUGUUUCUAGUUGCAUGGUGUGAUCCGCACGGCAGUGGGAAGUUGGUGUUUCCGACAGAUUGAAAUAUUGCCCGAGUGAAUUUUUAUGUCCAAACUUGACGUGAACCUUACAGGACAAUAUUCUCCGGUUUAACAAUGCAGUGGAAAGUAAGACACUCCCCCAACUCUUGGAUUAAAAAAAUACUACGUUUAUACGGGUUAAGUAUGCAGUCGUGACGUUACACAGAACGUGAGCACCGCGGUAUUCGGCGUGACGUGCAGUGGCACUGUCUUACAGAUCGUGGCGGUCUGCACACCAUGCCUCCUGAAUGCACAAACACGCAGAACCAUGUUCCGGCUCCGCGUGCUAAUAAAAAAACACAUCUGUAAUGAGUUUCUGUA